AUGGGAGCUGUAGGUAGGACCGUGGAGAAGCCGAAGCAAAGAUUAUAAACUAGGAAUACAAAUUCCACGGACGGGUUCGCUCUAGUGCAGUGGCAAUUCUCUGUAUGACCAUCUGAAAUUGGACCGCUAUUCUCAUUUCUUUAUAUUGCGAUGAUUGGAUUAGGACGAGGAGCGACGAGCGCUGUCUGUCUGUUUAUUCGCGAGCGACGUGUUUUAAAGAAUACAGUCUUUUGACCAGUUUACCCUACGGUCACUUCUGCGGAAAUUGUCGCCAGAGUAACACGGCUUUUGCACAUCCUUUGCAUCGUCAGGACAUUCCGCGCUCCGUUGAAGAGGUUGUAGAUUUUUUUCCAGUUUUAUUUGCAGUCAGUUGUUUUGAGGUUCAAACCUGAAGCAUUCGCCGUUUCAUCGAGCGGACGGCGGGAUCCAUACAGUCCCCAAAGGGCCGAGGUGGAGGAGCAACGUGCUUUGAAUGUAGAACAGACUUUAUUGACUCCGAUUUGACCGCUCUUCGCGUAGUGCUACCUCGAACAAAUUGAUCAGAAACCUCGUCGUUUGGAAUGAGCCGAACGUUUUUUUUUCCCUUUCUGUUUUAAAUUCUUGAUCUAAUUAAACGGUACAUUUUAUAUCCAGUUUCUUUGCGAAUUGCUUUUGGCACAUGCUUUUUUGUUCCUGGAGUCUUUGGACAGCCCUUUUGCCUCCAAAACACACGUCAAAACAAUAAGCAGAAAAUUCCAGUUUAUUGAUGGUCAACUUUAGUCUUUUCUUGUGACAUGCGUUAGAGUUUUGGUUUUACUUAUGGCGUCGCUGUAUCAGAGAUUUACAGGGAAGAUUAAUACCAAUAGAUCUUUCCCUAAUCCACCCGAAGCCAGCCACCUUUUAGGUGGACACAGCGCCGAAGAGGAAAAUGCCGGGAAGACCCCGCGCCCCUUGCAAGACAAGAGACCCCGUCUUCAGCAGCGGAACGGGAGAGGAUGCGAGGAUGAGGACGAGCUGGUGGGCAGCAACCCUCCGCAGAGGAACUGGAAAGGAAUCGCAAUCGCCCUGCUCGUCAUUCUGGUCAUCUGCUCGCUUAUUGUCACCUCUGUCAUCGUCCUGACUCCAGAGGAAGAUGAUAGCCUGGCUUUGAAGAGCAAGGUGACCGUUAAGGACCUCUUCAGCAAAGAUUUCAGAGUCCAUGACCCAGACGCCAAGUGGAUCAGCAGUGAUGAGCUUCAGCUCCGGACACAUGCGGGGGAUGUGGUCAGGUACAACAUCAAAACAGACAAGAGGACCGUUUUAGUCCCAAGCAAAAUGUUUGAAAUGUACAAGGAUAGCAAGUACCAAGUGUCCCCUGACAUGAAAUAUGUGCUCCUGGCCUACAAUGUUGCCCCAGUCUAUCAGCACUCCUACACUGCUUCCUACGUCAUUUGUAGCUUGACUACUCCGGAGACCAUAGAGCUGAACCCUCCGGAAGUAAACAACGCCAAACUGCAGUACGCUGGAUGGGGGCCCAGAGGCCAGCAGCUGAUCUUCAUAUUUGAGAACAACAUCUACUACCAAGCCACGGUGACGAGCCGAGCGAUACGCCUGGUUUCCUCGGGGAAGGAAGGGGUCAUAUUCAAUGGGCUGAGUGACUGGCUAUAUGAAGAGGAGAUUUUCCAAACCCAUAUUGCCCACUGGUGGUCUCCUGACGGUGCCAGGUUGGCAUAUGCCACCAUCGAUGACACUCUGGUCCCCAAGAUGGAGAUCCCCAUUUUCACUGGCUCCGCUUACCCAACAGGGGUGGAGUACCACUACCCAAAAGCGGGAAAGGAGAACCCCGUGAUCCAUCUGUACGUAGUCAACCUGAACGGACCCUUACACACGGUGGAGAUGAGACGUCCCGAAAACCCGAGGAUAGGGGAGUACUACAUAGCAAUGGUGAAAUGGGCAACGGGCACUAAACUGGCUGUGAACUGGCUGAACAGAGCGCAGAACAUCUCUAUCCUGACUCUCUGUGAGGCUAUCACAGGAGUGUGCACUAAGAAACAUGAAGAUGAGAGCAAAGGCUGGCUACAUAGACAGAACGAGGAGCCGGUGUUCUCCAGGGACGGACACAAGGUCUUCUUCACCCGGGCGAUCCCACAGGGAGGGAGAGGGAAAUUUUUCCAUAUCUCCAUGUUGUCCUCACCACCCAACGCCAGUGCUGACACCCUCCAAUCCCUCACCACAGGGGACUGGGACGUCACACAGGUCUCGGCCUACGACGAAGAAAACCGGCUGAUAUAUUUCUUGAGCACAGAAGAUGAUCCCAGACGAAGACAUCUUUACAGUGCGGACACCGUUGGACCCUUCAACAGACGCUGCCUCUCCUGUAACUUUGAAGACUGCGGUUAUGUGAGCGUGUUGUUUAGCCCUGACCUACAGCACUUUCUUCUCAACUGUAAAGGCCCCGGGGUGCCAGGUGUUUCUGUGUACAGCACCCGCAACAGAACAAAGGUCGUCGACUUGGAGACAAAUGAUGACCUGAGCAAUACAAUCAACUCCAUGCAGAUGCCAAAAGUGGAAUACAAGGAGAUAACGAUCGACGAUUACACUCUGAUGAUGCAGAUCCUGAAACCUGCUGGCUUCAAGGACACAUCUCUUUACCCCCUACUCCUGAUAGUGGACGGGACUCCAGGGCGUCAGACGGUCACCGAGCAGUUCCAGGUGGACUGGGCCACCUCUCUGGUCAGCAGCUUCGGCGUCAUAGCCAUCCGCUUCGACGGGCGGGGCAGCGGGUUCCAAGGCACCAACCUCCUCCACAAAGUGCAGCGCAGGCUGGGCGAGUAUGAGGAGAAGGACCAGCAGGAGGCGCUGAGCAUUUUAUUGAAAGAAACUUAUAUUGACAAAACCCGCGUCGGAGUAUAUGGAAAGGACUAUGGAGGAUAUUUAACCAGCCGUCUCCUCUGCGCUAAGGAGUCCGUAUUUACAUGUGGAGCUGCUCUUUCACCAAUCACAGACUUUGAAUUAUAUGCUUCUGCCUUCUCUGAAAGAUACUUAGGAUCACCGAAGCUUGAGCAUUCCAUUUACCAGCAAGCAAGUUUAACAAAAUGUCCAUCUCAGCUGGUCGAUAAAAAGUACCUCAUCAUCCACCCAACAGCAGACGAAAAAGUCCAUUUCCAGCACACGGCAAAAUUUAUAAACCACUUAAUUAGUCAAGGGGCAAAUUACACUCUUCAGAUAUAUCCAGACGAGGGUCACCUCCUUCACAACGUGGCCACGAGGCAGCACUUGAGCCAGUCCCUGGUGAACUUUUUCGAGGAGUGCUUCAGGUUGCCCGAGCGGGUGGCGGAGGACAAGAUGGACGAGGACGAGGGUUAAGCCGCGUCUGCGCCGAGCACAAGACACAAGCAUCAACACGAUAUGCAACUGACGGCUUUCUUUUCCCCCCUUUCUUUGAGUCGGCUUUUUCCAAAUCGUCCUUCACAGCACCCUCCCCACCCCCCAUGUCUGCCUUAACCGCAGCCCUCGCUCUUCCUCCUCCCCCUACCCCUCCUCCUCCUCCUCCUCCUCCUCUCUCGUUUGUUCACAGUCAGAACGUCCAGCAUGACAUAUGACAUACACGCAUCACCAACAUGGGCAUCCCUGCUCCGCUGCAUAGUGUUAUUUGAAAGAGAAAGAGUGCAGGGAGGCUUUCGUAGCAGAAGGAGGGCAGUGCUGGUGGACCCACACAGGUGGGAGAGAGCUCCCCCAACACACGCGCCCCUCUCCUCUCCGAGCUGCUCCGCGUCCGUUAGCCUGGCGACCGAGCCAGCUGAAACGAAAAGGUUUCAUAGCACAAACAUCUCAGACCAACGUCCAGACUCCCCCAGCAGGGUCCACUGGGUACAAGAUAAAGUGAAACGCUGUGGGCAUGACGGUGGGCGAUUUGUGUCACUGGCGGUAAUGUUUAGUAAGUGACGCCGACCUCUCUGGCCACCGGUUGCACUUUUGUUCAUUGUUCUUAAAGUAAAGCAGCACACAAAAUAUUUACUGAUUACUAGGGUGUCUUACUGUUUGUUUCUCAGUGUUUGACUUUAUCCUAAUCUCAAAAUCUUGUGUAACCUCAAAUACAUAUACUAUAAAAGCUUUGAAACGAUACGUGAUUAUAUGGCUUGAGGCCCCUGUGUUUCUGAAGAAUAAGGGCAUAAAAAGUAGUCAGUUUAGUUUAUUUUGUAAUUGGGACCAUAUCAACAGAACAUUGUAAUGGUUAAAGAGGCUUUUCUUGUUUACGUACAGUACAAGGUCCGUACAUAACUACUGAUAUAGAAGUCUCAAAAAAAAAAAAUCUGUGCCUUACUUUUGGAGCAAACUGUCCUUUACAAGAACUCACCUUGCAAGGACUCUCCUUGAAACACAAGGCUCAUUUUUAAUGACCAGUGACGAUGGAAAAAUCCUAACAAUGACAUGUUUUUGCUUUUGCGAACACCGUAGUGUUCUCAGAACAUUCAAAGCAAAUGACAGUCAAGACACUGCAUUUCAACUUUAUGUCAAUAUUAUACCAAGUCAACCA